AUGGUUCAAUUCACCGUCGAGGAGCUCCGCGAGCUCAUGGACAACCCGGUCAACAUCCGUAACAUGUCCGUCAUCGCCCACGUCGACCACGGCAAGUCCACCCUCACCGACUCCCUCGUCCAGCGUGCCGGUAUCAUCUCCGCCAAGAACGCUGGUUCCGCUCGAUUCACAGAUACCCGCCCCGACGAGCAGGAGCGCGGUGUGACGAUCAAGUCGACCGCAAUCUCCCUCUACGGCUCCCUCAUUGACGCCGAGGAUCUCAAGGAUAUCCCUCAGAAGACCGUGAAGAACGACUUCUUGGUCAACUUGAUCGAUUCGCCUGGUCACGUUGAUUUCUCAUCUGAAGUCACUGCUGCGCUCCGUGUCACUGACGGUGCGCUCGUUGUCGUCGACACCGUCGAGGGUGUGUGCGUGCAGACCGAGACUGUGCUUCGUCAGGCUCUCGGUGAGCGUAUCAAGCCUGUUGUCAUUAUCAACAAGGUCGAUCGUGCUCUGCUCGAGUUGCAGGUCAGCAAGGAGGAUCUGUACCAGAACUUCUCCCGUGUCAUCGAGUCCGUCAACGUGGUCAUCGCCACCUACUUCGAUAAGACCCUCGGUGAUGUCCAGGUCCAGCCUGACAAGGGUACCAUUGCUUUCGGUUCCGGUCUUCACGGCUGGGCUUUCACCGUGAGACAAUUCGCUACCCGCUACUCCAAGAAGUUUGGUGUAGACAAGAACAAGAUGAUGGAGCGUCUAUGGGGCGACAACUUCUUCAACGCCAAGACCAAGAAGUGGACCAAGGUCGGCACACACGAGGGCGCGACUCUUGAGCGUGCUUUCAAUCAGUUCUGUUUGGACCCCAUCUUCCGCAUCUUCGACAGCGUUAUGAACUUCAAGAAGGAGGAGAUCCCAAAGCUUCUGGAGAAGCUCGAGAUCAAGCUCACUGGCGAGGAGAAGGAGCUCGAGGGCAAGCAGCUCCUCAAGGUUGUCAUGCGCAAGUUCUUGCCAGCCGCUGAUGCGCUCAUGGAGAUGAUGAUCCUCCACCUGCCAUCUCCCGCUGUCGCCCAGAAGUACCGCAUGGAGACUCUCUACGAGGGUCCUCCUGAUGACGAGUCCGCUCUCGGUAUUCGCGACUGCGACCCCAAGGGCCCGCUCAUGCUUUACGUGUCCAAGAUGGUGCCGACUUCCGAUAAGGGUCGUUUCUACGCUUUCGGCCGUGUCUUCUCUGGUACUGCCCGCUCUGGUCUCAAGGUCCGCAUCCAGGGCCCCAACUUCAUCCCCGGCAAGAAGGAGGACAUGUUCAUCAAGAGCAUUCAGCGCACCAUCCUCAUGAUGGGUCGUUACACUGAGCCUAUCGAGGAUGUGCCAGCUGGUAACAUCUUGGGUCUGGUCGGUGUCGAUCAGUUCUUGCUCAAGUCUGGUACCCUCACCACCGCCGAGACGGCCCACAACAUGAAGGUCAUGAAGUUCUCUGUCUCGCCUGUCGUUCAGCGCUCCGUCGAGGUCAAGAACGCCAACGAUCUGCCCAAGCUCGUCGAAGGUCUUAAGCGUCUAUCCAAGUCCGAUCCUUGUGUGCUUACAUACAUCGCGCCCACCGGUGAGCACGUCGUCGCUGGUGCCGGUGAGUUGCACUUGGAGAUCUGCUUGAAGGAUCUCGAGGAGGACCACGCCGGUGUGCCUCUCCGUAUCUCCGACCCAGUCGUGCAGUACCGCGAGUCCGUCAACGGCACCUCCACUAUGACCGCCCUCUCCAAGUCGCCCAACAAGCACAACCGCCUGUACAUGAUCGCCGCUCCCCUGGAGGAGGGUGUCGCCAAGGACAUUGAGCAAGGCAAGAUCGGACCACGUGACGAUUUCAAGGCCCGCGCCCGUAUCCUCGCCGAUGAGCACGGCUGGGACGUCACUGACGCCCGUAAGAUCUGGUGUUUCGGCCCCGAUACCAACGGCGCCAACUUGCUCGUCGACCAGACCAAGGCCGUGCAGUACCUCAACGAAAUCAAGGACUCCGUCGUCUCUGGUUUCCAGUGGGCGACCAAGGAAGGUCCCAUUGCCGAGGAGCCCAUGCGCAGUGUCCGCUGGAACAUCAUGGACGUCACGCUCCACACCGACGCCAUCCAUCGCGGUGGUGGACAGAUCAUCCCCACCGCUCGUCGUGUGCUCUACGCCUCCACCCUCCUCGCCGACCCGGGUCUCCUCGAGCCCGUGUUCUUGGUCGAGAUCCAGGUCCCCGAGCAGGCUAUGGGAGGCAUCUACGGCGUGCUUACGCGAAGGCGUGGUCAUGUGUUCGAGGAGAUGCAGCGUCCCGGUACGCCUCUCUUCAACAUCAAGGCCUAUCUACCCGUCAACGAGUCUUUCGGUUUCAAUGCCGAUCUGCGCUCCAACACUGGUGGUCAGGCUUUCCCGCAAUUGGUGUUCGAUCAUUGGCAGAUUCUGCCGGGUGGGUCGCCGCUUGAUAGGACGACCAUGCCCGGUGGGGUUGUGGAGACGAUGAGGAAGAGGAAGGGCUUGAAGCCUGAGGUGCCGGGCUAUGAGAACUACUAUGAUAAGUUGUAA